UGGAUCAGUUGUCCACCGUAGGAGUUCGGGUAAUGUUAUUUGUUCGGUGGUAAAUCUCCUAAAACACGCGACGACUAUUAAAAAAGUAUAAGAAAAGUAAUUUCAAGUUAAAUAUGCCCUACAGUUUAGGGAUUCUACGAAGUUCUAAAUUACCGAAAAUAUCCUAAAUCGUUUCUUAGAGAAAAAAGACUGUGGGAAACAAAGUGAUAGUGAUUAUGUGUGCGUGAUGAAAGUUUUUUUUAGUUAAAAAACAUCAUAUUCCAACUAGUGAUUCAAAAUGGAAAAACGCGUGUUAGAAUUUUUUGUGUGCAUUUUGCUGUUAGCAUCAGCCUUAGGGCGUAGUAUCACAAGUUUAGAAGCACCAAGAGGAUGUGAAUGGACGAAAGAGAAUAAUAUUCAAAACCUAGGAUGUCGGUUAAGAACAAUUGGUAAUGCAGUGGAGAUCCUAGGGAAUUUAUCAACAAUAGCAGCUGAAUCCGUUGGAAGUUUGACACUUGAGUGUAACGAUGCAUUGUUUUUCGAGAGUCAAUUUGAUGAAUCUCAAGAUUUUUUGACGCCGCUAAAGAAUGUUCAAGGAUUAAGCAUUGAAAGAUGUAAGGUCCGUUACCUUCCAGGCGGUGCUUUUGCAUCAGCACAUAACUUGCAUCGUUUUAGUCUUAGGACGGAAAACAACGACUGGUCGGGUAUGUCAUUGGAGAUACAUCGCGACGCACUUCGUGGUCUUAGCAACCUGCGGCAGCUCGAUCUUGCCGACAAUAAUAUAUGGACCCUGCCGACGGAACUGCUGUGUCCCGUGCCGAGUCUUGUGAGUCUGAACCUCACGCGCAACAAGUUACAAGACAUUGUGUCGUUGGGAUUUGCCGACUGGUCGGCGACAUGUACGCCAAGUUUGGAAGUAUUGGAUAUCAGUGAUAACGAUUUGAGUGUUUUGCCGGACCGUUCUUUCAGUGGAUUGAAAAGCAUGAAGACUUUAAUGUUACAAGACAAUAAGAUAAGACAUGUUGGUGAUCAUGCACUUGGUGGGCUGUCAUCACUUCAACAAUUAAAUUUAUCAAGUAAUAGACUUGUCGCUUUACCGCCAGAGUUAUUUUCUGAUACUCAUGAAUUACGUGAAUUAAUUCUUAGUAAUAAUUCACUAUCAGUUCUUGCACCAGGUCUUCUUGAAGGUCUAGAUAAACUUCAGACUCUAGAUCUUAGUAAUAAUGAGCUGACGAGCCAUUGGAUAAAUCGUGACACGUUUACUCGACUAGUUCGUCUAGUCAUUCUCGAUUUAUCCUUCAACGCUUUGACAAAGAUAGACGGAUUCGUGUUCAAAGGCCUUCUUAGUCUGCAGGUAUUACGGCUUGAGAGGAAUAACAUCGAGAUACUGAGUGAGGGAUGUUUCUCAUCGUUACGGAAUCUACACUCAUUGACUCUCUCACACAAUAAAAUAAGUCGAUUCGAUCCAAGUCACACGGUUGGACUUGGGUCCAUCGUUCAACUUUUUUUGGACAGCAACAGACUCCAUACCUUGCAUCGUCAUGCCUUCGUUAAUGUUUCAACAUUACAAGACUUCUCUCUGAGCGGAAACUCUUUCACCGAUAUACCUGAAGCUAUUAGGGAGUUAAAAAAUCUUAAAACACUAGAUUUGGGUAAUAAUAAAAUAUCCAGCAUAAAUAAUUAUUCAUUUGUUGGUCUGAAUGAACUUUAUGGACUCCGUUUGGUGGAUAAUAAACUUGAAAAUAUUACAAGAGAUACUUUCUCAGCUUUACCAGCUCUCCAAGUGCUUAAUUUAGCUAGCAAUACAAUCAGACAUGUUGAACAAAGUGCUUUUGCUCGCAAUUCAGUGCUUCGUGCUGUUCGACUCGAUGGAAAUCAAUUGACUGAAAUUCGCGGAGUUUUUACAAGUAUUUCAACCCUAGUGUGGUUGAAUGUAUCAGACAAUAAAUUACUCUGGUUUGACUACAGUUAUCUUCCACAGAGUUUAGAGUGGCUAGACAUGCAUAAUAACCAGAUAAGUGAGCUUGGAAAUUAUCAGAUGGUUCAUGGAAAUCUGAGAAUCAAGAUGCUUGAUGCUAGCUAUAAUUAUAUCACUGAACUAUCAGAUGCCAACAUUCCUGACGGUGUUGAGACACUAUUUCUUAACAAUAAUCGUAUACGUAAUGUGGCAUCAGGUACUUUCUUACGAAAGACAAGUCUAGAAAAAGUUGUACUUUACGGCAAUGAGAUCAAACAUUUUGAUAUUACGGCUUUAGGGAUUCAAGAAGUGCCAGCAGAUCGUGAGAUUCCAGAGUUUUACAUUGGUGACAAUCCCAUUCUCUGCGAUUGCUCGAUGGAGUGGUUGCCGAAGAUAAAUGAGCUCUCGAGACUCAGGCAGCAUCCAAGAGUCAUGGAUCUUGAUUCUGUCACCUGUGACAUGGUCCACGAGAGAGCAACACCAAAACGUCCUCUAUUGUCACUCAAACCCAAAGACUUUCUUUGUCGCUACGAUGCUCAUUGUUUUACUCUUUGUCAUUGUUGCGAGUUUGAUGCCUGUGAUUGUGAAAUGACUUGUCCGGACAACUGUUCGUGUUAUCAUGACCACAGUUGGUCUAGUAAUGUCGUUGAUUGUUCCAAUGGUGGCUAUAAAAAUGUACCAGAAAGAAUACCCAUGGACGCAACGGAAAUUUAUCUUGAUGGCAAUAAUCUUGGUGAUCUUGGUAGUCAUGUUUUUAUUGGUAAAAAAAGACUUGAAGUGUUGUAUUUAAAUAAUAGUGGAAUUUCUGCGCUUCAUAAUCGAACUUUUAAUGGUGCUCCAGCAUUACGUGUUCUCCAUCUUGAAGGUAAUUCACUCCGUGAGCUUCGUGGUUUUGAAUUCGAUCAACUAGAACAACUUUCAGAACUUUAUCUGGACCACAAUGCUAUUGCUAUGGUUGGAAAUACCACAUUUAAUAAAAUGAAGAGUCUGCAAAUUCUCCGCUUGGACAGUAACCGAAUCGUUGAUUUCCGGCCGUGGGAAGCACUUGCUGGGGCUGGUGCAGGUGCUCGCGUUGCACUCGAGGGUAAUGCUUGGAACUGUGAUUGUGCCAAUACAGCAAAAUUGAGAGUCUGGUUAAAUCAACAUCAAGGAGAUGCUGAGAAAAUGUAUUGCAGAGAUGGAACUGAAACUUUAGCACAAGCAUUAAGUCGAUGUGGGGAUCCACUACGAGAAGCUGUUUCCCGUGGGAUUCCAGAGUCACCAGUGGUGGGAGGUAACUUUGUACCGCUUUUAGCUGGUGCUCUAGUUGCCAUCAUAGUCAUAUGUCUCAUCAUCGCGUUGGCAUUUGCCUUUCGUCAAGAUGUACGACUUUGGAUUCAUUCCCGUUACGGUUUACGUUUGGGUAAAAUGGCUCCCCCACCAGAUGAAGAACGUGAACGACUCUAUGAUGGUUACAUCAUCUAUAAUGAACAAGACCAAGACUUUGUAUCUGGAUGUGUAUCAGCAGAGCUUGAACAAUCAGGUCUUACACUUUGUCUUCAUUAUCGUGACCUUCCACCAGCUCAUCCUCAAGAAGCUCUACUUUCAGCAGCCUCUGCUGCUCGAAGGAUUGUUUUAUUGCUCACACCAGUGUUUCUAGCCAAUGAAUGGCAACACCCAGAGUUCCGUGCUGCUCUUAGAUGUGCCCUAGAGACAAUCAGACCAUCAUCAAGACGACGACGUGUUGUUUUACUUCUUGCUGCUCAAACACCAAGAAAUGAUCCUGAACUUCAACUACUAUUACAAACAUGUGAAGUAAUUGUUUGGGGUGACAAGAGAUUCUGGGAAAAAUUAAGAUUCUCCAUGCCUGAUCCCGCAGACAACAGGCGGGACGGCAAGAAAAUGAAUGACAGAUGUGGAAUGAGAAUACCAGCGCGUUACACGGCCGCGCCUUCAGCUCCGGCUGAUCUUUGGACCAAACCAAACGCCGUUUUGGUUGCCCCGGUCCAUCAUGCACCCACACCAACCCCCACGCAGUCAACCUACGUUAGUUCCGCAUCCAGCAGAACUGAAGAUGAGGACAGCGGCGCCGAGCAUCAACAUCACGGUUACAGUGCUUUACACACUGCUAAUGGUAGACCAGCCAGUCUUUCUUCACGUGGCAGCCAUUUAUAUAGCACUAUACCUGAACCACCAUUGUCCCAGCCUCCUCCUGGCAUGAUCAAUCCUCGUACUUAUUUCGUCUAAACCAUGAUCUUCCCUUUUUUUCCAAGUCUCCCAUUACAGUCCCGGUCAAGAAUCAUUUUUUAUCAUGCGGACUCAAGAUAUAUUACGUUAAUUAUGCACCUGAUCCGCUUUUUUUUUUACCUUUUUUAAUUUAUUUAUUAUCUCAAACUCUUGCUGAUAAUUAUCUGCAUUUUGUUAUAAUAGAAAUAUGUCUUAAGUUAAAUUGACAACCAUUAUAAGCAUCAUCUCCAGCAGAAUAUCAUUCAAAAAAAUAGUUCAAAAAUUCGAGUAAAAUCUUUGAAUUUUAAUUUUAAAAUUAGCUUGAUAGAUGGCGAUGAUGCUUUUGGUGGUUAGAAAGUGCUCAGAUAAUUUUGACUGUGACUGUAAAGUCUUGUACAUAAUUAGUUUAUUUAAAGUGCGGGAGCAAAGAGAGAAAAAAUACUAUGGGGACUGAAAGACUGUAAUAUUCAUCAUUGUAAAGGUGUAUAAGUGAGUAAAAGCGUUCUAAUCUGUGGCUGUCAAAGGCAACAACAAGACAGUGAAUUUAAAUGAUACUUAAAAAUAGAUAAAUUUUUUUAAUUGCUGUCGAAUUUUUGCCGAAUGACUCUUUUUUAGAGUCAACGCUUACUAGUUUUUUAAGAUACAUUCUCUGUAAAUAAUGUAACUUUUGUAAAUAGACUUUAAGGGGUUUGUUUGAGACAAAUCUCAACGAGUGGCCCCCUGGGAUAUUAUUAAAAAUAUUUCCUAGAUAAAUAAAUAUAAAAAAUAUAAAUAAAUAAAUCUUUUAACUAUUAUAA